GGCAAAUUUCAAUCUACGAAACAGAGAAAGAGAGAGAGAAGGAGGCAUAAUAAGUGUGUUGGAUGAGGAAGCUGUCAGAAUUCGGCUACUGUUGCGGCCUCGCCGGAGUUGCAGUUUCUCCUGCGUCCAAUCCCACCGCAGCUGCAACAGCAGCAGCUAUUCGACAGAGAACGACGCCAAAUCGGAGAUAUUCUCGCGCCAACGAUCCAUUAAAGAAGAAACCUCGAUCCUCCUCCUCCUCGGCGCUUUGGAGACCUUCUCUUUCCGUCAUAUCAGAAGACGCCGGAGUCGUACCACACGCAAACCGUGGAGGAGGAGGAGGAGGACCGGAGACACUUAGUAGUACUAGGAAGAAAAUCUCUAAAUCUAUGAUAAACAUACAUGAUGAAGAAAACUCCAGAUCUCCUCUCAAUGGCAGCAGCAAAAGGAAAUCCUCUUCCUCUUCAAUAACAUCAAUGGCCAUGCCAGCAUUUUCGCCCACACCAUUUGUGUUUUGAAGACCAACUGUUAUUUCUGCUGCUGCUUUCUUUCUUUCUCUCCUAUGCUAUGUAUAUGUAUGUAUUUGCUAUUAUGAUGAAUGAAUGAAUUUGUGUAAUAUAUUAUACUA